GGGAUAUUGGAUGGGAUUAAGGAGGCCUUAAUUACGAUUGAUGUCUUACCCGGUUACCCCAACAGCCUAGCCUGAAUUCAACACUUGUACCCUGCCCAUGAGUGAUGAGAAUGAGAUUGAGACCAUGAUUAAUCCCCAUUAUCCUUCAAAUGGCAGUAAUUUGGUUGAUGACAAAGAAGAAAUGGAAGAUGGUGCAGUAGCUAUUUCCCUUACCAAAAAGCUCCAAAACCCUAACAAUGGUGAAGAAGAAAUUAAACCCAAAAUAGUAGUGAUAAUGGGGCCAACUGGGUCUGGAAAAUCAAAAUUAGCAAUUGAUUUAGCAACCCAAUUUCCAAUUGAAAUUAUCAAUGCUGAUUCAAUGCAAGUCUACCAUGGCUUGGAUGUUCUCACUAAUAAAGUUACAAUCUUCGAGCAAAAAGGAGUUCCACACCAUCUUCUGGGAACAAUCAGCCCUAAUGUUGAAUUCACUUCUAAAGAUUUCCGUGAUGCUGCUAUACCUCUCAUCAAAGACAUAAUAUCUCGAAAUCAUUUACCCGUAAUAGUUGGCGGAAGUAAUUUCUAUUUACAGGCUCUUGUCAGUCCUUUUCUGUUUGAUGAUUCUGUUGAAGAGCUGGAUGAAUUUUGUUUAACAGAGAAUUCAGUAGAUGUUGCUAAUUGGAAAGAACGUCAACAAUACGAGCGAGGGAGUAGUGAUUAUAGUCAUGACCAUCUUAGAGCUGUGGAUCCAGUGGCAGCAAACAGAAUACAUCCAAAUGACCAUAGGAAAAUAAGACAUUACUUAGAGAAGUUCUCCCUUUCUGGUGUCCUCCCUAGCCAACUAUUUCAGGGAAAAGUGACAGAGAAAUGGGGUCGGCUUGGUGGUGAUUCAAGAUACAACUGCUGUUUUGCCUGUGUUGAUGCUGCUCUUCCUGUACUAGACCAAUUUGUAGAUCAGAGAGUAGAGAGGAUGAUGGAGGGCGGUUUGCUUGAUGAAGUCUAUGACAUUUACAGACUGAAUGCAGAUUAUACACGUGGUCUGCGACAGGCUAUUGGAGUAAGGGAGUUUGAAGACUUCCUUAAUGCUUUCAUUUCUGAAGUGAAUAAUUCUUCCCAGGAACCUGCUUCAUUGACGAAUGUUGAUUUUACUAUCAAACAAAAUUUGAAGGAAGUUUUGAGUUCCUCAAAUACGCCAACUAGGCGUCUUCUGGAUGAAGCCAUUUCCAAACUAAAAAUGAACACCCGAAGACUCGUACGUCGGCAGAAGAGGAGGAUUAAUCAACUGCAGACUUUAUUUGGAUGGAACAUACAUUUUGUGGAUUCUACCGAGUCUUUACUUGGAAGUUCAGAGGAUACAUGGAUUGCCCAAGUGGUUGAGCCAGUUGCAAAAGCAAUAAGUUCUUUCCUUGACUGUGAUGUGACCUCAGUUUCAGAUGACGCUGACAACGCUGUUGUACAAAAACUCGAUGAGAGAGAUCUAUGGACUCAGUUCAAAUGCGAGGCUUGUAGCAAGGUUCUUCGCGGUGCACAUGAGUGGGAACAGCAUAUACAAGGGCGCGCACAUAGGAAAAGAAUCGGGAAACUAAAGAAGCGUCAAAGUUCUUUCUUAACUAAUGUUUUAAAGCUCCCAGAACGUGAUCACUUAGAUUCAGAUGUAUGACAAACCCUAGACAUUCCAUAGAAUAAUCUUAGCGAUGAUCUUUUCGUAGGUGUGAAGUUGCUGGAAAUUUUGAUUAUGAUAUAGUUUAUGUGAAAAGAAUGUUAACAAUUUCGAA